AUGUUGCCGACCACAGCUACGAUCGUUGCCACGGUCUGUGCCGACAUCGACUGGGUUGCUCUUUGGAACCGAAUACCCAAAGAGGAGAAGCAUAACAAAGACACGCCGUGGGAUGUCACGUUUUCGCAGGGCAUCGUCAAUGGAACCAUCGUGAUCAAGGGGUUCAACCCAAGGACACGCCGUGCCCAGCGCGAGCGCGUCCGGCGCAACUGUGAGAAUCGCAACACGCUGUCGGCGCCAGUCGACCAGCCCAUGAUGGGCGAAGAAGCCAACGCGCCCACUAUCCAGCAGCCCCUGGCUCAGCCCACCACCAAGCGGGCCGACAACGACCUAACGCCUGCCAAAGCUCAUAGUCAGAGGCGCAGGCAGACUGACUCUACAGAAUCCAGGCAGAAUCCCUCCUUUACCACCUCUGUCGACUUUAAGGCUCCCAGUAAAACGGUCGAAGAGCUCUUGACACUCGAUCACGAACGUCCCUCGUCUCCGGCAAGCUCGGAUAUCGGCGAGCCCGAGUUUUGCCCGCUGCCCAUUAAGCUGGCCACAUCCAUUGUGCCUGACCAGGCUCCCAAUACCAACAUCUGGCCCAUUGACGGCCUACUCGACUUCACCGGUCGUUGCAUCAACUGCUUUGCCCCGGAGAUUGACCCCGCAAGUGGCAUCCCCCACGUCUGCCGCGCCCCCUGCAAGUACUGCGGGGCGGCAUCCUCGCUGCAUUUGCCUGCCACAUUCCCGUUCAAAGCCCUCGCAUGCACAUGCAGCGCCUUCCCUUGCUAG